UUGUGACAUUUGUCAUGGUAACCACUCACAAGUACACUUUCUCUCCCAAUAUACAAUUUUUAGCAUUUUGUAUGCUUUAAGCUAAAACAAUAACUAACAAUGAGAAAGCCUUGUUGUGACAAAGAAAACAUCAACAAAGGUGCUUGGUCUAAGCAAGAAGAUCAAAAGCUCAUUGAUUAUAUACAAGUUCAUGGUGAAGGAUGUUGGGGCUCCAUUCCUAAGGCUGCUGGGUUGCAUCGUUGUGGCAAAAGUUGUAGGCUAAGAUGGUUAAACUACUUACGACCAGAUAUCAAACGUGGAAUCUUUGCACAAGAUGAAGAAGACCUCAUCAUCAAACUCCAUGCCCUCCUUGGUAAUAGGUGGGCACUCAUAGCUGGAAGGUUGCCUGGACGUACAGAUAAUGAGGUGAAAAACUAUUGGAAUUCUCAUAUUCGUAGAAAGCUAAUAAAAAUGGGAAUUGAUCCAAAUAAUCACAAACUACACAAAGGCUUUCCUACAGUGGGCACAUCAUCAUGUGUUGAGUCCAUGAACAAAGAGAAUAAUAAACUCUCCAUCAAGUCGUGUGAUGCACCCAUUAAUAAUGAUGUUUCUUUCACAAAGAAAGAUACUACAUCAAUAAUUAAUUCUUCAUCCUCUUUGAAUCUUGACUUAACCAUUGCUUUACCUUCUCCAAAUAGGAUUGUUAUACCUAAUUGUGAGUCUCCUAAGACUAGGGAUAUGGAUAUUGAUCUUAAUUGUUAAUAUAUACUUCUUGGUAUA